AUGACCACCUCAACCCUCCACGACGUCCUCAUCAUAGGCGCAGGUCCAGCAGGCCUCGCCACAGCAACCGCCCUCUCCCGCCAGCUCUACACCACAGUCCUCUUCGACUCAAACCUCUACCGCAACGCCCGCGCGAGCAACAUGCACAACGUCCUCGGCUUCGAUCACGUCCCGCCACCAAUCUUCCGCGCCAAGGCGCGAGAGGAUCUCAGAGCCCGCUACGCCGAGACCGUGACUUUCGCCGACGGUGUCGAGGUCGUCAAGACGACAAAAGUCAAGGAAGGGCUCUUCAAGGCCGAGGACAAGCAGGGCAAAACGUGGUUUGGACGGCGCUUGGUUCUGGCUACCGGCGUCACGGACAUUUCUCCUGACAUGAGGGGCUACGCGGACUGUUGGGGCUACGGCAUCUUCCACUGCCUCUUUUGCCACGGCUUCGAGGAGCGCGGGGCAGAGAGGGUGGGCGUCCUCGCCUUCGGGUUGACGGGGAGCGUUAAGAUGGCGACGCAUAUCGCGUACAUGGCUCGGCCACUGGGCAAGAAAGUGACGAUAUACACGCACGGUAAUGAAGCUCUCGCUUCAGAGAUCACUGCCAUGGCGAAUAACACUUUUCACAUUGACACACGGAAAAUCACAUUGCUGCGCAUGGCUGGCGGCGGCGGGGAGCACAGCACCAGCGUGACGCUCACACUCAGCGGGCGGCAGGACGGAGAAGGAGAAGAAGUAGAAGAAGUCACGGAGGGGUUCCUUGCUCAUGCGCCGUUUACAAGGCCCAACGGGCCCUUUGUGGAGCAGCUUGGGCUGGAGACGGCGGAGAACGGGGACAUCAAGACGGCUGCUCCUUUUGGGGAGACGAGCGUUUCCGGGGUCUACGCCGUGGGAGACUGCGGGAAUAUGGUCAAGGCCGUGGCGACGGCGGCGGCGAGCGGUGCACUGGCUGCGGGUGGUAUGGUCGUGCCGAUGCAGAUGGAGCCGAGGGUUGAGAUGGAUGUUGAGGCUACGGAGAAGGUUAUUGGAUGA